GGCAAACUUUGUCUGCGAUUUACGACAUGGUUCUCAGAGCUUUGAGUCUCAUAACUAUCCCUCCAGCAUUGUAGCCCCGAUCUUGCAAGCACAUUUAAGGACUCGUAACAUUGACGAACAUGCAGUGUCAUGUUCAGCUUCAGAUCUUCAACGAUAUUGAUGCGGAUUGUUCAGCACCUCUUUUUUUUCCUGGCUCUUCUUUUUGCUCCCGUGCAAGCGACGUACCUGAAUGUAACCGUCAACAAUACUGAUCCUUCCAUCCAAUUUUCUAGUGGUUGGAACUCGUGCCCAGAUAUUAGUCCUCCAGAUGGCCUUUCCUACGGAGGCACGCGCAAUUGUACCAGUCAGUACGGCACUAAUGCAACCUUCACAUUCACCGGUGUUGUGGUAUACUACAUAGCGCCUCAUUUUACUGCAGAUGGAGAUGUUCUCACCGUCCUUCAACUCGACUCGGAACCACUUGUUGUAGUGAACCUCACCCAGGCCCAAGGUCAGAGCCUUGAUUGGGCCAUCAGAUGGGCAGCAAGCGGACUGAAGAACGGCACACAUACUCUUGUCAUCUACGGGCCUAGUAAUACUAUGACCCCAAGUAGCACGUGGGGCGAAGUGAAUGCAUUUAUGUGAGUGAUCAUUGUGCGUGCUUACUCCAUUGCCUAACACUAUCUGUAGCUACACAGUAGCUCAGCCGG